CUCUGUCUUCCCCCCUGAUUCGUCCCCCAUUUCACAUCAAUACGUUUUUCUCCUUUAUUUGUAAGUCUAAAGAUGUAUAUUGGGAGCACAAGCUUCGAGAUGUGUAGAGUAAGAGUGCAUCACUACUUGAAUUAUUCUCAAUGAGGGAUAAAACGAUAAAAUUCAUCAGUCACAUCUAAAUAUCGAUGACACAAUUAUUUACAAUUUAUCAGAGAAUUUAUUUUUGUAAUGAAAUUGUAAGAGUCAAUUCAACUCGUUUUCCGCUCUCGUCGGCUCUAUUCUGUUGACAGUGGAAAUCACGGUGGAGUGUAAAGCACAAAACCCCAUUGUUGUGUUCGUUGGAGUCUCGUGAGAGUGUGAAUGUCUCUGGGGAAAGUUUAUUUGAAUGAGGGAAAUUGUGAUAGAGGGAAAUGAUCCGAGUGGUGAAAUUUUUUAACAGCCACUUUUAAGGAUUUUGCGGGAAUAAUUGUUGGUCAACCGGGAGACUGAUAGCUUCCAUGAGUUAGUGAGCAUCUUCAAGAAGGCCCAGAGGUACUGACGGAGAUUGGAAAAUGGAUAUUUCGAGUGGAAUUUCUAGAAACGCCGGCCCGGGGCUGUACGAAUUCCUCAUGGAGGCUGAACUGCAGCAGUACUACGCAGGAAUUCGAGGUGAUUUGAAGGUGCAAACGACAGCCCAACUAAAAUACGUAACUGAGGAAGACCUAAACGCGAUCGGGAUGUCCAAGCCCGAGAUGCGUCGCCUAAAGAAGUACUUCCAGAAGUACUUUCCCCAGAACUACCUCUCAAAAUUCAAGAAAAUGCUCCUCUCAAAACGGGAGGAACAGCCCUCCGGGGCACUGGCCAUUCUCCCCGAGGAGAAGCAAGAUAAACCCGCGAUAAAAGUUCCCAAUAAGCACAUGAUUCCAGCGGACGCUAUAAUAGUAAACAAGGAGCUUGGGAUGGGGGAAUUCGGUGUUGUCCAGCAAGGAGUCUGGACCAAUGACGGAGAGAGAAUUCAAGUGGCCAUAAAGUGUCUCUCCCGCGAGCGAAUGCAAAAUAAUCCCAUUGAAUUUCUCAAAGAAGCUGCGAUUAUGCAUGCUAUUGAUCAUGAGCACAUCGUACGUUUGUACGGUGUUGUAUUAGAUACAAACUCUCUGAUGCUAGUCACGGAAUUAGCGCCACUUCGCUCGCUAUUAGAAUGCCUCAAAGAGCCUAGUUUACGAGGCAGCUUUCCCGUUCUAUCUCUCUUCGACUUUUCAAUUCAAAUAUCGGACGGUAUGCAGUACCUAGAGGCCAAAAGACUGAUCCAUCGAGACCUGGCAGCCCGGAAUAUCCUGGUGUUUUCUAAGAAUAAGGUAAAAAUCUCGGACUUCGGGUUAUCCCGAGCUCUAGGAGUCGGCAAGGACUAUUAUCAAACCAAUUUCAAUGUGAAUCUAAAGCUCCCGAUCGCCUGGUGUGCCCCAGAAUGCAUCUCUUACCUGAAAUUCACCUCAGCCAGUGACGUCUGGGCGUACGGUGUUACCCUCUGGGAGAUGUUCAGCUACGGUUUCCAGCCCUGGGCAGCGCUGACAGGCCACCAGAUUCUGGAGGCAAUCGACGAGCCUAAUUAUCAACGCCUGGAGCAGCCAGACUGCUGCCCCAAGGACUACUUUUCCCUGAUGCUCCAGUGCUGGCAGCACGAGCCUGCCAAACGUCCGAAGUUCUCUGAACUCAUCAAUCUUCUUCCUGACCUGAAGCCAGAACAGGUGCAGGCAGUGCAGGACAGUGGGGAAAUUGGUCAGUUGUGCUACAGGCAGGGGGACAUAAUCACAGUCCUCGAUAAGGGAAGCAAUAACAUCCUUUGGAAGGGAGUUCUCCCCAGUGGCAAGACAGGCCUUUUCAAUCCUGCCCAUACAAUCGCUUAUCUGGGGUCUAAUCUACCUAGCAACAAACCUGGAGAAUUUUCCAGGGGCGAUGGAAAGAACGCUUUCUCCUCUCAGAGGAGAAAAAUACGUACUGACAUGAUAUCCUCGCCUCAGGGGGAUCUUAAACACACGGGACACGUCGGACUUGAUGGAGCUUACUUCGGGGAUAUCAGUUUUCUCGGUGGAAAGUAUCCACAUUUGCCGAGGCAGGUAGUGACUCCUUACAAACCUCAUGAGGAUGUCCCUGACAACUCGAGUCAAGUUUAUAAUCAGGAUGGACGGGAGUGCAGGGAAGUGAGGGAUGGAAGAGAGUGCAGAAGUGAAGCGGGGAGAAAUAGAGGUCAGGAAGUUAAACAUGAGAAUGUCUGGGAAGGGAACGAUGUCGUGAUGGGGAAUGGGGGGAAGGCCAAGAGUGGUGGGAAGAGGGUGCUGGAAGGCCUGCCGGCUGAUCAUGAGUAUCAUGAGAUCAGUGAUGAGGAAAAUCAGGACAGCCCACUGAGGUUUGAUAAGCCUCUGAAUUUUGACUUCGGACCGAGCUUGCUGGAUGAGAUGGAUCAGAUGUUCAGGUCGUUAGGAACGUCCCCACCACCGCCGCCUCCAGGGCACCCAGGAUCCACCGACCAUGAGGCCAGUAAUGCUAGAAAUGAAUUAAGGGAAAUCCAAGCCAAACAGAGUUCCAAAAAGAAACAAGCCACCGUGAGUCCAAUAAAUGUGAAACCAAUAUCUGCCGCCGAUCAGAAAACAUUGUACUCGGCGAUAGCAAUGGCGCAGGAAUUGACAGCUCGUUCAAUGUCGGAUCUUGAGCAUCCACCAGAAUCACCACGCACACCAGUAAGCCCCUCAAGACGCAGAAAAUUCAGUUUUAAGUUGCCACAUCAACACAGUCCCAAACCUGAUAGGCGACACUUUUCUGAGGAAGCUGCCAGUAUACCUGACAUACAGUGGCUCUGUACAAGCCUGCAAUCCCUAUCUUCAACCGUAUCAAGCAUAGAGUCCCUCGGUGCACCCUCUACUCUGAAGCUCCCCCUCUGGGACAAAGCGUCGGCCGAAUUUUGUUUCGCGAAAUCCCGCGAAUUAUUGACAAAGCCAAGUGCCUGGACAUCGUACAUGGAUGUAGAUUUUGAAAGUCACUUCCUGGACAACGAGGCUAUAAAGCAGCAUCUUGUUAAGUCCUCGGAAUUUCUCGAGAAUGGUAACCGACAGGACUUGACCCCUCGUUUGGCCAAAAACCCAUUAGACCAACGGAAUCACGCACCUAACGUCAACGGCAAAUCUUAUUGUUCCAACCCGAACUUGGAAAUUCCAAGAGACGUCAAGAGAGUCUCGGCCAGUUAUGUAGAUCGUUAUUUCGAUCAGUCGAACGUUUCCACUUACUACGAAGACGAGACUAGCUUCAACUGCAUGGACAGAUCGCUAGACACUUUCGGGAACGAACCCCAGAGGAUCGAAAAUGUAAACAACAUGGACGAGACCAACAGAAGCGAGUACUGGAAGAAUUACGACGAAAUUUCAAUGCGUAGAGAGCACAUUAUACAGGAAAAAGUGAUGAACAAUCAGGACUUCGGCGAUCUACCGCCGCGAUCCACUGAUUCCACUGAAUCCCCCAGAUCCAAAGCCAAAUCAUUCGAUCUCACGACAGAAUCUUUUUCCAAUUUCGAUUUGGGAACCCGCCCGAAGGCACCAGGUUCAGUAAAACUGAAUAUCUCACGAGAUGACGUGGAGAAGCGCCUGGAAUUCCAGAAAACUCGAACCCCUCGGCCAAAUUUGGAAUCAGUUCGAGUGAAAAUUCAGAGCUAUCGAAAAUCCGAGGAGAAUAAAAAUGGUCACGACAAUUUUCCCUUCCUCAUCUCGAAUAAUCCAUUAUUUAUCUCGGAGCCUGAUAAGAAAGAAUCACCGGUUUACAGCAGCUCCGAGAGCCUCAGGAUGAAUUUCCAACGAUUACGACGUAAAUCUGACGUUGACGUUAAUAAUCAAGAGGAUUUGAGCAGUAAGAUAUUCGCUGAGAAAUAUCAGCGAGAAGUUUCGGGACUGGAGUCAGUGAAAAAUUAUCUGGAUGCCAAGAAGGGACAGAGGUUUAAUUUGGGAUUGGGUAAAUUGACACAGAAUAUGAUACAAUUGGGAAAGAAUAUUGCUCAAAAUUCGAGGAACCUCGAUCUACCCCGAAUGUCGAGUCUCAGAACUGAUAAUCAGGGAUUGAGGAUCGAGGGGAAUUCCAGUGAGACGGGUAAUCCGUCGUUGACGAAUGACACAAAGUCUACGGUUUCCAUGAAACUGCAGAAGAAUUUGGUGCUUGAUUUGGGGCAUUCGAAUCUUCGAUCUAGUGGUCCAGGCGGUGGGAACAGUUCACCCCUGCGUUCACACAUCCUGGAGCCAGCGAAGAUCUAUCAGAACGAUGUGAUAAAGAAGGAACAGCUCAAACCCGAAAUUAUUGUUGAUAAAGUUCAAGGGACUCCCAACGUCUAUCGACAUCGGACUUCCUCGUUGUCUGAAGUGAGAAAGACAACCAUUAAGGGUAUCAGGAGAUCUUAUCAUCCUGAUAAUGAGUCCAGUGAGGACUCCGACUCUAUCUCGCAUUCGGAAACAGAUAUCCGGAGUCGUUUGAAAUUCAAGAGACGGUAUAGAAAAAUUCCCCAAGGGUUUAAACUUAAUUUCAAAAACAAAGGAACGUUGCUGAAUCCUGAGAGUGCGAGGCGAGGGGGAAUGGGGCUGGAGGUGACGGGUAAAUCACCACCACCUUCUACGAGUUUCCUGAAUUCACUGUCGCCACCUUUCGCGUCGAGGAAUAAUUUAGUUUCUUGGCCGGAGAGUGCACCCAGUUCCAGCUUGACUUUUACAAGCAACUCGGAACUGGAUUCAGAUACGAGCUCUGAGUAUCCUGAGUUUACACAAGAUACAUUGACGUUUCCACCUUCGCCUGCACCGUGAAUAAUAAGGGUGGGAUGAGCAGAGAUAGAAUGAGAUGAGAGGAGUGAUGUGAAACACACAGGAUAAAUAGGUCACAGAUAAAUCUUUGGUUGGAAAAUUCUUCUAAUUUUCUACUAAUUUUCAGCCCUUUUUAUUGAGAAAUUCUGUUGAAACGUUUUUUUUUUAUAAACAGUUACUUCAGAUUUACCAUUGGAUUCACGAGGUUUUUCUGUGACUUACUAUCUUGCGUGCAGGUUUGCUUGGAUUUCAGUUACUCCAGAGUAUGUCGCAAUGUCAGGAAGAUAAGAAAAUUUUCAUGGGCAUCUCAGGACUUUUUUCGUAGAGCAAAAUGAAAGUUUUUUUGUCUUCCUUCAGUUCACUUCUCCCAAAAAUAUCUACACACCAAUCCGCAAAUUCACAUGUUUCGGAUGUGCCCUCACUUGACUUCAGAAUUCAAGAUUCAAUGGAUUCCCCAUCACCAUCCGAAGAACCAUAGAAGAAGUCACCAAACACCUCGGUUUUCCCACGUUUUCAGCCCACCGCCUACGACAUUCCGCCGCAAUAUUCAAAUCCCCUUUGAAAAAAUAAUUAUCAAGUGCCACAACCCCUCGAAAUUGAAUCGAUAAUUAACCUACGUACUUUAUUACUAAACCAAUAUGUUGACGCUUAGCAUGCUUGCAUGAAUUGUAUCAAAUAACCCUCGUAGUAUUAAUACAAUGACAAUUAUGAAGAAAAAAAAAUGAGAAAACACAAACUUUGGAUAUAUUUACAACUUUAUACCAUUUGUACACGAACUAAUAAUUAAACAAAAAAAAAUAUAUAUAUAAGAAAAAAACCAAACCAAGUGCACAUGAUUACUUCACUUGCAUGAUUUAAUUUAUCAUUUAUUUUCUUCAUUUUAUCUGAUUAUUUUGAUUCAUGAUUUCGUAUAAUUUAUCCAAUUUUUUUUGUUAUCCUAUCCCCCAAAAAACCAAAAAAACAAAAAAUUGUU